AUGUGUCUGACGUUCUACUGCGACAAGGCGAAACCAGGCAAGAAGAACAAGCAGGUCCGCACUUGCAGGAAGCACAAGCAGUGCCAUCGGCGCCACCAUAUCAACGGCGGCUGCCUUGACAGCGACGAGCCCGACCCUCCUCCUUCACCACUUCCGCCCUACCGGUACUACAACUACAGUUACGACCUGUCGUUCUACCCCGGGUACGGCAACUACGCCUACAACGACCUCCCCGCCGCCGGCCGCUUGCCGGCAGACUACUACUCGCAACCGCCCAGAGACUACUACUCGCAGCCGCCCAGAGAUCCGUACCUGAUGCACACGGCCCUGCCGCCACGAGACAUGGCAAGCGACGACGGAUUCGUGGACCACGUCUACUACCGGAAUCCUCCACCACCUCCUCCUCCCGCAGGCCAAGACGCCGGUGCUAGUGCCGGCCCGAACCGGGCGCCCGCCUCGGGGGACCCGGGCGGCGCCGACGCCACCUACAGCAGGCUGCGCGAGGGCCUCGCCGGCGUAUCUCGCCGGCAGGAGGAGCUGGAGGAGAAGAUGGAGCGGGCGCGGCGCAGGGAGCGGGAGGCGGCGCGGCGCGAGGAGGCCGAGCGGAUCCUGCAGUGCGAGGCCGCGCAGAGGGAAGGGUUCCUCUGGGGGCGGAACUAUGAGAGGGAGGUCAACGGCGGCGGCGGCGGCGGCGGCGGUAGAUAUGGGGGAUACGGCAGUUAUGGAACUACGGGCUGGGCUCAGGGCUGGUAG